AAUGACCCAGCACGGCUAGUGGUAAUUGGCAUCAAGUGGUUGAGUCCUGUGGUGGGCAUUGAUAAAAUUUCCAAUGAUGAUUUGAACCGCAAGUGGGUGACCUUAUGGCAAUUUUACCAAAAGGAUCUUCAAGUAAAAGUAAAUUACUUGACAAAGACAGCCAAAAAAUAGGCCAUUUAUGAUUAACUAGUGGACUAUGCAUUUUUCCAACAUCGUUUUGGUAGUUAUGAUUGUCUUUAGAAAGUCACGCUGGAUAAGAACAAAAUAAUCUGAAAUGGUAUGAUUGUUAAUUCCUUGAACAGUUCCAGCAAAACCAUAUAUAUCUAAGUUUUCACAUAGGAUCGAUUGAAAGAGCAAAACAGCAAGAAAAAUGAGUUUGUUGGGAGACCCUGUUGUGAUUGUUUCAUGCUUCCUAGUUCUGUCUCUUCUGUUAACUUUUAUCAAGAUAUUUCAUAAACUAUGGUGGAUUCCUACUCGCAUACAGUGUAUGAUGGGUUUACAAGGAAUCCAAGGCCCUUCUUACGGAUUCGUGUAUGGAAGCACCAAAGAAGCACUAAGGAUGAGAAAUGAAGCCAUGGCUACCCCUAUGGGUUUAUCACAUGCCAUAUUCCCUAAAGUUGAGCCUCAUAUCGAUUUCUGGCUCAACAAAUAUGGAAAGAAUUAUCUUCAGUGGUAUGGAACUCGAGCUCAACUGGUUAUAACGGAACAAGAGUUGAUCAAAGAAAUAUUUAAUAAUAGAGACGGAACGUUUUCAAAAACUGACCGUCAAGGCUUUGUCAAGAAGCUAUUAGGAGAUGGUCUUGCGACCACUAAAGGUGAGAAGUGGGCGAAACUGCGAAGACUGGCCAAUAAUGCCUUUCAUGGAGAGAGUUUGAAAGGUAUGGUGCCUGCAAUGAUCUCUAGUGUUGAGAUGAUGCUGGAAAGGUGGAAAUCAUAUGCAGGUAAAGAGGUGGAGGUAUUUCAAGAAUUCAGAUUGUUGACUUCAGAAGUAAUUUCUAGAACAGCAUUUGGAAGUAAUUAUCUAAGAGGGAAGGACAUUUUUGAGAUGAUUAUGAGAUUGGCCUUGUUGACAACCCAAAAUGUGUAUAAACUUAGGCUCCCUGGCAUUAGCAAGUUUUUUAAAACUGGCGAUGAGAUUGAAUCGGACAUGCUUGAGAAAAAAUUUCACAACUGCCUCAUAGAAAUAAUCAAGGAAAGAGAAGAGAAGGUAACAAGUGGUGAAGAAGACAGCUUUGGAAGUGAUUUUCUUGGAUUGCUUUUAAAGGCUCACCAUGAUGCCAAUGACAGCCAGAGGAUUUCAUUGGACGAUUUGGUUCAUGAGUGUAAAACAUUUUAUUUUGCCGGACAAGAAACUACCAACACUUUACUUGGAUGGACAGUCUUUCUUCUAGCAAUCCACACAGAUUGGCAAGAACAAGUUAGAAAGGAGGUGCUCAAUUUAUUUGGCCAUGAAAAUCCAAAUCCAGAUGGCAUAGCCAAACUUAAAAUAAUGAGCAUGGUCUUCAAUGAAUCUCUUAGAUUAUAUCCUCCUGUUAUUGGCUUUUUAAGAAAAGUUGAAAGGGAGGUUAAACUGGGAAAGCUGAUUCUUCCUGCUAAUCUGAACUUAUAUAUGGCAACUUUAGCAGUUCACCAUAAUCCACAAAUAUGGGGAGAAGAUGUUAAUCAGUUCAAACCAGAAAGAUUCUCUGAAGGUGUUUCCGAAGCGACUAAAAAUAACUCAGCUGCAUUUUUUCCAUUUGGAAUGGGGCCUCGAAAUUGUGUGGGCAACAACUUUGCUAUCACUGAAGCAAAGAUUGCUAUUUCCAUGAUUCUUCAACGUUAUAGCUUCACCCUUUCUCCAGCCUAUGUCCACUUGCCUUUUCAGUUUAUUACACUUCAACCACAACAUGGAGUACAAGUGAUGUUACAGCCACUCUAGAGACUAGUAAAAUAGCCAUAGAACUUGCACUUAGUGCACUUGAGAACACAGUAAUUUGGUUUGAGCCUCCUGAGUCCUAACAUGGGAGUUUACAAUUACUGCAACUGUAUGAGAAUUGUUACACCUCUGAAUGACUUUGGGAAAUGUUUAUGCUGAUCAUACAUUAGCAUCAUUCCAACUUGCAAGCCUUGAAGUAAUUUCAAUAAAUAGGUUGAUCGUGUCGCAUAAAAGAUACGCUAGAUCUAUUCAUCAUGUUUCGAUUUCAAACUAUUAUGUUUAUUAGACAUGCGAAGUUCUAUUCCAAUCUGAUAUGUUGAUUA